CCGGGCGGCCGGCGCGACAGCCAGAGGGUCUCCCCCUCCCCGUCGCCGACCUGAUAUACUUUAAUCGUAUACAACUUCUUACAUCGAGCAUCUACACAACCUCUUCCAGCUAUCGAUUCGUGUCUAAUUCAUAAUAGUAUAAUCUUGGGAAACACAAUCCGGAGCUAGCCUUUGCGUUCCGUUCUGCGAAGAGAAGGGAGAUGGCUGUCGCUAAUGAGUCGUCGACGGUCAAGCUCUUGGCUGCCGUAGGAGUGACCGUACUAUGGACAGCGGUUUGGUCCGUAUCCUUGCUCGGUUUGCACACUGCACGGAAACGAUAUCAAAAGAGGCCAUACCCUCAUCCAAGACUCUUAUCCCCGAGCACAGCACCUGAAGAAAUUCCCGGCGUAACGAUCAUCAGACCGUUACUCGGACUGGACCCUAACCUCUUCUACAAUCUACAAACGACCCUAGCGCUCGAGUACCCUAGCGACAAGCUCGAAAUCAUCUUUGCGGUGCAAGACCCUUCGGAUCCAGCUCUUGGUGUUGUUGAUCUCUUGUUGAACGAAAGAGUCGGAGGAGAUCCUUCUGGACCGAAACGUUGGGAGCAUGUCGACGUCAAGGUCAUCGUCAACCCCGAAGUCGUUGGAACGAACCCAAAGAUUAACAACCUCGUCAAGCCUUUCGACGAGGCCAAGUUCGAGAUCCUCUGGGUGGUUGAUGCCACGGUCUCUAUGACGAGCAGUAUGCUCGCACGCAGCGUGGAAGCUCUCAUCACCCCGCCAAAGUCCACCAACAUUGCCUCGGCCCGCGGCAAGCUUUCUGCGGAACGGGAUGGUCUGCUUAGUACCGGUGUACCGGUCGAACACACGGCAGAAUAUAGUGGGGUGGGAAUCGUACAUCAUCUCCCGAACGCUUGGGUUCCUAACACCACGGGGAAAGGAACGUUUGGAUCUAGGUUGGAAGCAUGCUAUCUGAACGGAGUUCAUGGUCGUAUGUAUCUCGCAAUCAACGCAACUGGCUUGGAAUCCUGCGUCGUCGGCAAAUCCAACAUGUACCGCAAAUCCACCAUCGCUGCGCUUUCCGGCCCAUCCGGCGCGGACGAGCCCAAAGGCCUGAAAGCCUUCUCUCCAUAUCUGCCAGAGGACAACCUUAUCGCCCACGGUAUCAUGCAUCAGCUCAAACUUUCUCAUGCGAUGACUCCGGAUCUCGCUAUGGAUUGUCUCGGGCCGAUGUCACUCACACAAUAUAUCGCCCGACGGGUCCGCUGGAUCAGGGUUAGGAAAAAGAUGGUCUUUGGUGCUACCUUGAUUGAGCCAUUGACCGAGUCGAUCGCUUUGGGUAUUGUCGCUUCCUGGGCUGCGAACUAUCUAUUCGGGAUCCGACCGCUGUGGUUCUUCGUGAUGCAUGAAUCGGCCUGGACAUGGAUGGACAUCAUGGUCGUGGCCGCUCUGCGAGGAGAAUACAUGAAGGGCCAAGAGUUGGUAGAUUGGUUACUGGUCUGGGCCGCGAGGGAAGCGUUGGCUUUACCCGUCUGGCUCAAGGCGAUGCUCGGAGGGGAUCAAGUGGUUUGGAGGUCGAAUACAUACAAGAUCUUGAAGAACGGCGAAGCCGUUAAAGUACAACAGUGAUGCAAAUAGAAACGUAUAUAAAAGACGUGGUCGUGGAUGUAGAUGGGAGUCCGACUUAGGUGGACCGGUUGGACUAGCAAGUGCCGACUCGGUCUUGGAGAUUUUUUCGGAUGUUCCGGUCGAACCGAUUCAUACAAGACU